AUGGCACCCAAGAACAAAGCAAAAGCCGCAGGAGUCAGCGCCAGCUCAUUCUUCGACCUCAAGGCAGAGCUCGCAAAGCAAGAGGAGGAGUUUGUGAAGAACAAGACGGCGGGGAAGGCCACCGCCCUCGUAGGUGGUGUGAAGCGGCCAGACAAGAAACCGACGGUAUGGGGGAGGCAGAACGCGGGCGUGAAGGCGAGAGCGGCGCGGGACAUCGAGCUGGAGGAGAUCAGCAAGCCGACGUUGGACUCCGCGCGUGCGGCGCUCGAGAGGAAGGCAUUGGUGUAUGAGAAGCUGCGGAAGGGGAAGAGCGGCGGGCUGUCGGAGAAGCAGUAUGAGUCUCUGCUGGUGGACUUCGACCAGAAGGCGAUGGACCAUUACGAGUCGGAUAGUGAUGAUGUGGACGAGUCGUUGACCGUGCCUAAGCCUCGAGAAGAGCAGGAUGAUCCAAUCAUUGAAUACGAAGACGAGUUCGGUCGUGUACGGACAGGCCGUCGCUCUGAGAUCCCGCGACACUUACUGCAACAACAAGAAACAGAGGCGGAGAAGGACGACGAGUAUGUCCCCUACGUGAUAUACAACCCUGUCAACCACUUCCCCGUCUACGAGCCCUCCGAAGACCGGGUCGCCGCGAUCGAGGCCGAGUACGCCGAGGAGAACAAUCCGCUCGGCGUGCACUACGACGCGUCGCACGAGGUGCGCGCCAAAGGCGCGGGCUUCUACCAGUUCUCCGCAGACGAGGAGACGCGCCGCCAGCAGAUGGAGGAGCUGCGCGCCUCGCGCGAGGAGACGGCGCGUACGAGGCAGGAGAUGGGCGCGGCGGACGCGAAGCCGGGCGAGGUGGAGGGGAUGCGUGAACACGGGGGAGACGGUGGUGAUGCGGCGGCGGUGGGAAAGAGUCGGGCGAUGGAGAAGCGGAAGCGGGAGUUGGAGGAGAGGAGGAAGAUGUUGGACGCGAAGAGGCGGAAGGUCGCGGGUACUGGCGCGACCGUGCCGGGGAAGGAGGGGACACCCGCCGCUGAGAACGGUGCUGCGAAGCCAGAGACGAAGGGGGAUACUGUUGCAGAUCCUUUCGCAGCUCUAGAGGCUCAGCAGUCUCAGCAGUCGGCGAAGCACAAGGGAAAGGCGAAAGCGAAGUCAUCAAAUAACCCCAUCGACGCUGCCGAUGCUUUCCUCGCUCAGCUAGAGCACGAUGUGCUCAAAGGCGCGAAGAAGUAA